CGCUGAACUCUGUCCGUGCGGAAACCGGCAGCGCGCGUGCGUGGCAGUUUCAGAAUGGAAGAUGCGCGCGACAUGUAAAUGAUCGUGUCACGCGUUUAAUUCACACCGAUAGAUGAAUUUAACAUCUGUGAUCUCUAGCAACGCGUGUAAGUGAUCAUGAUGAGUGUUUGUACACUGGUGAUGAUGAUGCUGGCGGUUCCAGCUGCUCUCAGUUCAGAUUCUGACACACAGAGACACAGACGACAAGACUCAAACCUGGAGAUCUAUAAACGUUUGUUUGAGACGAAGAGGAAAGAUCAACUGAACGCUCUGAAGAACCUGGUGGAGCUCAAUGACAUCAACCAGCAGUAUAAGAUCAUAGACAUCAUGCUGAAGGGACUCUUCAAGGUGCUAGAAGAUUCUCGAGCUGUGCUUAUAGCUGCUAAUAUGAAGCCUGAUGAUCCUUUUCCACAAGAUGACAAAAUCAAAGAAGCGUACUCUCAUGUGGUGGAGAACACAGCGUUUUUUGGAGACGUGGCUCUGCGUUUUCCUCGUAUAGUUCAUCAUUAUUAUGAUCGUAAUCCAGAUUGGAGCGGUCUUCUGCGCUGGGGUUUGAGUUUCUGUAAUCAGACGGGUGUCUUUACUGGAGGAGCACACCAGCACGUCCUUUCACUGAUGUCACAGGAGUUGGGAAUCAUAGAGAAAUCUUCAGACUUCCUCAAUCCAUACCGUACAGAGAGAGAUGACGUGCUUCACACAGCAGAGGCGUUUCAGAAAAUCCUCCGUGAGGAAGAGAAGAGGAGGAGGAAGGAGGAGAAGAGGAAGGAGAUCAGGAAAGGUCCCCGUAUCUCUCGUUCUCGUUCAGAGUUAUAGAGAUGUGAUGAUGAUGAUGAUGAUGAGGAGGAGGAGGAGGACAGGACAGCAGAAGAUCAGUGGAUGAAUCAGGGAGUCCACAGUGUUCACUCACUUCUGCUGGGAAAUCUCUCGUGGACGUCAAACGUUUACAGAUUUUCACAAAGACUCUUCAAACUGUUUUUAUCUCGGUGAGGUGAGGGCUUACAGAAGAUCUUCAUUAUAUUCACUCUUGUUCAGAUGUGUUUAGUGCUGUUGUAUUAUUGGGAGAUUUAAAUAUUGUACUGUACUGCCUUUAUGGGAGUGGUCUGAUCAGUGGGUGUGGUCUGAUGAGUGGGUGGGGUUCAGGGUUGAUUGUCAGGGGUGGGGUCUGUUUCUCAGAUGAGGAUAUUUCGGGCAUUGCAGGGAAGAUCCUAUAGGUAUUUAACAGAAAUAAUAAAAGUGUAUAGGUUUAAAGUGUACACUUAUAGAAAUGCUUUAGGUUCACAUAUAUAUGAAAGUGGAAUUAAAUUUAAAUUUUGUUUUGCUACACAAUAUACUCAAAUAAUACAAUCAUUGAUGUUUUCCAUUGACUUCUUUAAUGUUAAGGUUGUGCGUGCGAGAGAGAGAGAGAGAGAGAGACAGACAGACUAGAGUUGUGACCUGAGAUCAGAUGUGUAGAUUCAUCACUGCACUGCCAGAAGUCAGAAACCCUUUACAGAGAGAUUGAGAUUCAUGAAUGUUUUAUGAUUUAAUGUGGAAAGAUACUAAAACGAGUGUGAAUGCAGAUCUGAAUCUCUGUUCAGAUUCACUUCCCUUUCUGUUUGAAUAAACUCAUCAUGUGAGAAUCCAA